AUGAAUGCAACCGACCUCCUUGCCAAUACCUUGUCCGCAGACUCGAAUACGCGUCAGGAUGCCACGCAACAACUCGAGAGUGCCUCACGGGAAAACUACCCUCAAUAUAUGCUCAUGCUUUCUGCCGUCCUUUUGGAGGACUCAACGCCCCUGCAUGUCCGUAAUGCCGCCGGACUUGCUCUCAAAAAUGCGUUGACUGCACGGGAAACAUCGCGGCAAACUGAGUAUUCAAACCGAUGGUUGACCCUUAACCCCGACACGAAGGCCAAGAUCAAGCAAGAUGCCUUAAUGACCUUGGCCUCGCCAAACCUCAAAGCUGGCCAGUUCGCUUCUCAAGUUGUCGCUGCCAUCGCUGCCGUAGAAUUACCGCAGGAUCAAUGGAAGGACCUCAUUGAGAUACUACUCGGUUUCGUUAACAAUCAGCCCAACACCAACUUAAAAAUUGCUACCCUUCAGACUAUCGGGUUUAUCUGCGAAACAAUAAAACCCGAAAUCCUCAGCUUGCGUGCGAACGAGAUUCUGACUGCCGUUAUCCAUGGAGCACGAAAGGAGGAGCCAUCAUCCGAUGUGCAGCUGGCGGCUAUCCACGCUCUCUACAACUCUCUCGAGUUUGUCCGGGAUAACUUUGAGAGAGAUGGGGAAAGGAACUAUAUAAUGCAAGUUGUCUGUGAGGCCACUCAAAGUGCAUCUGUUGCUGUUCAAGUUGGUGCUUUUGAGUGCUUGGUGAGGAUUAUGAGUUUAUAUUACGAAAAAAUGGGUUUCUACAUGGAACAAGCCCUGUUUGGUCUGACCGUCGUUGGCAUGAAACAUUCGGAUGAGCGAGUUGCUUUACAAGCCGUCGAGUUCUGGUCUACUGUCUGUGAGGAGGAAGUAGAACUAGCUCUUGAAGCCCAAGAGGCCAUUGAUUAUGGCGAGCAACCUGAAAGAGAGUCUAGGCAUUUCGCAAAAAUCGCUUUGCCUGAGAUUGUCCCCGUUCUAUUAAUGCUUUUGACCAAGCAAGAAGAAGAUGCCGAUGAAGAUGAGUGGAAUGUCUCCAUGGCGGCGGGAACGUGCAUGUCUUUGCUUGCAGGGGCAGUCCAAGACGCUAUUGUCCCGGCUGUUCUUCCAUUCAUCGAAGGCAACAUCACGUCCGAAGAUUGGCAUCGGCGGGAGGCCGCUGUAAUGGCUUUCGGAUCCGUCCUCGAGGGCCCCGAUCCUUCUGUACUGACACCGCUCGCAGAACAGGCCCUCCCGACCCUUAUCAGUAUGAUGGCGGAUGCCAACACGCAUGUAAAAGACACGACGGCGUGGACUUUGGGUCGUAUUUGCGAUCUUCUCAUCGUGGUUAUCAAACCAGACAUGCAGCUUCACCCGUUAAUCUCGGCUUUGGUUUCUGGCCUUCAGGACAGUCCGCGCAUUGUCACGAAUUGUGCUUGGGCUUUAAUGAACCUGGCGGAUCAACUCGCUGUGUACUACGAAGACGAUGCAGAGGCGGCGCAAUCAGGACCUUUAUCGCCUUACUAUGAAGGCGUCGUACAAGCCCUUCUGCGAGUGACAGAGAGUGCUUCUAACGAAGCCAACUAUCGUACCGCGGCGUAUGAGGCGAUGACAUCGUAUCUUACACAUGCCACUCCCGAUGCUAUCACUGUCGUUCAAAAUACGGUUGUAACGAUAUUGCAAAGAAUGGAGCAUCUUCUUAGUCUCCAUAACCAAAUUGUUGGUGUGGAUGACAGCAAUAACUGGAACGAGCUCCAGAGCAAUCUGUGCUCCGUUGCCAUUUGCGUCAUUCGCAAGUUGAACAAUGGAAUACAGCCCCUGGCGGACCGCAUUAUGACCCUCGUUUUGCAGCUAAUACAAGCCGCCGGAAAGACUUCAACAGUCUUGGAGGACGCGUUCCUUGUUGUAGGGGCCCUUGCUUCUGCUCUCGAAACUGCUUUUGCGCCGUACAUCGGCGCCUUCCUUCCUUAUCUCUAUCCUGCUCUCAAAGCCCAUGAAGAUACACAGUUAUGUACCGUUGCUGUCGGUAUCAUCGGUGACAUUUCACGCGCCUUGGGAGACCAAAGCGCUCAGUAUGCUAAUCCAUUCAUGACUGUGCUACUCGAGAACCUUCAAAGCGACGUUCUCAACCGGAACGUCAAGAUUACGAUCUUGUCUUGUUUCGGCGAUAUUGCGCUCGCUGUUGGUGCGGGCUUCGAGCCGUAUCUCGAUACGACUAUGAACGUUUUGAAGCAGGCGGGCGCUGUGGAAGUCAAUCCGCUCGACUAUGAUCUAUUGGAUUACGUCGGACAAUUACGCGAAGGGAUUCUGGAGGCUUACACCGGCAUUGUCACGGGUCUCAAGAAUACGCCCAAGGUUCCCAUCCUUCUUCCGCACGCUCCUAGCAUUCUCGAGUUGAUAUAUCGGUCCUUAUCUGACGAGGAGCGGACGGAGCCUGUCGUCAAAUUGUCAUAUGGUCUUCUUGGUGAUCUCGCAGAUUCUUUCCCAGCUGGGCAAUUAAAGCCACUGCUCUUGCAAAAUUGGGUGGCCAGUGAGCUCCGAGCUAGGCAGCGCAUGAGCCUGGAGACUAAGAAAACUAUGCGUUGGGCACGAGAGAUGGUGAAGAUUGCGACGCAAUAG